AUUAUCCCCAACAUUGUUCUACUACACCCUUAAACCCUUCAAAGAAAACCCUCGUCCCCUUUUCUUCACACACACACACACUAAUUAGUUGACUUCGUGUCUGUUUCAUCCCAAAGAAUCAUCUUUAACAAGGUAAGUGUUGCUAGAUAGAUAUUGGGAGAUGAAGAGAUUGUUAGCCUUAGGGUUUGAGGGUUCAGCCAACAAGAUCGGCGUUGGCGUUGUAAGUUUAGAUGGCACAAUCUUAUCCAAUCCACGACAUACGUACAUUACCCCUCCAGGUCAAGGGUUUCUUCCUCGAGAAACAGCACAGCACCAUCUUCAACAUGUUCUUCCGUUGAUCAAAUCUGCUCUCGAAGCUGCUGAAGUAACUCCCAAUGAGAUUGAUUGUCUUUGUUACACCAAAGGUCCAGGUAUGGGUGCACCACUGCAGGUUGCUGCAGUUGUUGUACGGGUACUUUCACAACUUUGGAAGAAGCCAAUUGUUGCGGUGAAUCACUGUGUUGCUCAUAUUGAGAUGGGGAGGAUUGUAACUGGGGCCAAAGAUCCAGUGGUGUUGUAUGUGAGUGGUGGUAACACACAAGUGAUUGCCUAUAGUGAAGGCAAGUAUCGUAUUUUUGGGGAGACAAUUGACAUUGCUGUUGGGAACUGUUUGGAUCGGUUUGCUAGAGUUUUGGAACUGUCAAAUGAUCCAGCUCCAGGUUAUAACAUUGAACAGCUUGCUAAGAAAGGAGAAAAGUUCUUAGACCUGCCAUAUGCUGUAAAAGGAAUGGAUGUUUCAUUCAGUGGAAUAUUAAGUUACAUCGAAACCACUGCUGAAGAGAAGCUGAAAAAUAAAGAGUGCACGCCUGCAGAUUUGUGCUAUUCCCUACAGGAAACUGUGUUUGCAAUGCUUGUUGAGAUUACAGAACGAGCAAUGGCACAUUGUGACAAGAAAGAUGUUCUCAUUGUUGGCGGAGUGGGCUGCAAUGAGCGGUUGCAAGAUAUGAUGAGAACUAUGUGCUCUGAGAGAGGCGGAAAUCUUUUUGCUACUGAUGACAGGUACUGUAUUGACAAUGGAGCGAUGAUUGCAUAUACCGGUCUUCUUGCUUAUGCUCAUGGUUUGUCGACCCCUAUGGAAGAAUCAACUUUCACACAACGGUUCAGAACUGAUGAAGUUCUUGCAGUCUGGCGAGAGAAGGAAUCGUCAAACAUGAAUUCUGUCAGUGGAGAAGCCUGUUAAAGAUCUAAUGCUUAUAGUGAGGUAUAAAGUUGAAGUCGGGAUGGGAGAAUUUGAAAGCAAUGUUAUUACAGUACAAUAUGAUUGAUGUGAUUUGAUGAAUGUUCGAAGCUGCGAAAUUAUGUACAAACAGAAUACAGUAUUUUUACCACUUCAUCUGACAUUGUGUGCAUCAAAAGAAUGCAAGGUGGAAGGUGGCUUACAGUUUCAUUCAUAAUGAUACUAUUGAUGUUAUUUAGCCGAAUGUUGUUUUUAUUAUGUAUGAUACACUCCACAGAUCAUUAUUCCUUGGAAUCGCGUCUGUCUUUGUAUGAGAUCAUUUCUUAAUAUCCAGUCGAAAUCUUUUCUGUGUU